CUAGUGAGAGUUAGCCACUGGCAGCAAUAGCCAAUUUUGUAUUGUUAUUUCUGGAAGUGGAUAUCUUAUUUUUUUUUUUCUUUCUGAACAAGAUAUUAAGCAUUUUUAUUUAAAAUGGCAGACACAAAAGUAGAAACCAGUUCUGAUAUUCCCGCUAAGGACCUUAAAGAAAAGAAAGAAGUGGUGGAAGACAAAGAAAAUGGCAAAGACAAACCUGCAAAUGGAAAGGCAGAGAAUGAGGAAAAUGGCGAGCAGGAGGCAGAAAAUGAGGUAGACGAGGAAGAUGAGGAUGAAGUUGAGGAGGAUGAGGAGGAAGAUGACGGAGCAGGUGAUGACGAUGGAGAUGAUGAUGAGGUUGAGGGAGGUAUAGGAAAACGGGCUGCUGAAGAUGAUGAGGAUGAUGAUGUUGAAACAAAGAAGCAGAAAACUGAUGACGAUGAUUAAGUGGCUGCUCACAGCAGGAAACCCCUCAGCAGUUCACCUCUUGGAAAAGAGAACGUGGUGAUCAUCCACAAGUAGAGAGCAGCGUCCGUGCAAACACACCCACUGCACACUUUAAGAAACUAUCAACACUUCAAGGCUCUACCUUCUUUCUUAAAUACUUCGAGAAUUUGUUUGUAUUUUUAUUUACAUUUUAUAUUUUUGUAUAUAUUGUUAGGAGGUCAGCCAUUUUUAAAACAGUUAUCUCUCUGGUGACCAAACGGUGCUUUUGAAGUUGAUGCUUCUCUAUAAAAUACUUUACUUGUGGUUUGACCAUGUCAUGUUAUCUCGACAAAACUUGUAUAAAAAGAAAACCAUGAGAAAUAUUCAGCGCAUUCCAGUAAUUUUUUUUUUUUUUGUGUAUGUACUUUAGUUGUACCAUAAGUAGUUGGUUUGUAUGAGAUGGCAAGGCCAAAGAAUUUUUUUUUUGUCUAUGAAAUUACUGUUUAUUGCAGCCUGUUUGUAUGUGUGAAACAGUUUGUUGUCCGAUAAUAAACCGGAAUUUUAUUUUGCCGA